GGAUGAAGUCCUCUCGGACGUGGAGUCCUCAAGUGCAGAGUCUUCGGUGGGACAGGAUGCCGUCGUUGCCUUGGAGUUGCAGAAAGCCCUCGUAGCUGAGGUGGAAGCCGAGGGCUUUGAGCAAGAAUGUGAGGACGAAGAGUUGGCCCUCGCCUGGCAAGCAGCUGAAGAGGAGGCAUAAAGAGAAAACGAGAGGGUCACCGUUGCUGUGCUCCCCCCUCGGGGUGCCGGGGAGGCCAGCACCUCUCGGCCGCUGAAUGCGGUCCCCAUCCGGGUGGCCCCCGGAAAGAAGAAGGCCAAGGCCGCUGCUCCUAAGAAGAAGGGCAGCGUAGCAGACCAAGGGAAGCCCCUCGUUAUGCCCGAGGGGUACUCCUAUCUCAACACAGCCGCAUUGGAGAUCAAUUCGAAGGUUGAUGCGGCGGACAUAUAUGUCACCCAGCUUCACGUGGGCCCCUCGGCCAUCGUGGUGACACCGGGUCCGGAUGACGUCCUCUCCCGGGCUCCCGAGGGCUGCAUUGCGGUGCACGUUCUCUCAGUAUCCAUGGGGCUCCGCUUCCCCCUGCACUCCUUCCUCCGGGAGUACCUUCGGUUCGUGGGUCUGGUUCCCUGCCAGCUGACCCCGAACAGCCAUUCUUAUAUCACUGGCUUCCUUCAACUUUGCAAGUCCCGGGGGGUGACGCCUAGCAUGGACCUCUUCUUCCAGAGCUUCAACCUGUGCCGGUGGGGGGGAGGGGCACGCGAAUGCCGAGGGAUUCGCCAAUUUGCAGCAGGUGUCCGUGUUCAAACUCUUCACUGAGGCGCCCUCCUCGAACAAGGGGUGGAAGGACCGGUGGUGCUAUGUGAAGCUAGCCGAGAGCCCCUUCCCGAGGGAGUUGCGUGACCGCUUCAGGAGGCACGAGAAGAGGAGGAGCGCCGCCCUCGAGAAGGAUGACAGGAUUCUGGCCAUGAUCCCGGAGGGACGGGACAAGAAUAUCUCCAUCAAGGAGUGCACCAAAGAAGCAGAUCUCUACACCCUCGGGUUCCGGCGGUACCGGUUCCUGGGGGAAACUGAUGAGAAGUUCCCAGUGUUUGAGGGAGCCUCCGGAGGUGUUCCAGUAAGCAUGAUGAACGUCAAAGGCCUCGCCCGAUUCAAGAAUAAACCGGCCAAGGAUCCGAAGGGGCCGGACGCUGGCGGCCAAAAGCCCGUCGGUGCGCCUCAAAAAGCCCGAGGGCGAUGCUGCUGCGGCAAAGAGAAAGCCGUCGGCAAAGGAGCCCCCCCAGGCCCCCAAAAAGUUGAAGAAGGGGGACGCCGCGAAGGAUGACCCCCCGGUGGUGAUUGUAGAUGACCCUCCGGAGAUGCCGAUGGCGCAGGUGCCGAGGGGUGUCCGGGAGCCAUCUCUCGAGGUCCUCACGCUCUCCCUCCCGGCUGGCACGGCCGUGUUGAAUGGCACGGCUGACCCGAGGGCGCUCCUGAGGGGUAUAACCCUCGAUAUCGACAGGGCCGCUCUCGGGGCCGAUGAUGAUCAAGCCCUUGAAGACAGGAUCCUCCGGUCUUCCCUCACGACUUGCGUUGCCCUCGGGGAGCAGUUCCGACGGCUGGAGGAAUGGCGCCUCCACAAAGAUGGGCAAGACGCCAAGAUGAAGGAGCUGAUCCUCAGGGAUUCCCAGGCCACGAAGCUGAUGGCCCAGCUUGAAGAGGACCUCCAGCUUGCGAGGGCGGAGGCCGGGAGGCUUAGGGAGGAGAAGGCAGAAGCUGAGGCGGCCGCUGCGGAGGCCGCAAGGAGAGCAGCCGAGGAGGCCGAGGCCAUCAAGGCGAAGGCUGUCGCCACAGCCCGGGAGGACACCAUCUCCGGGUUCCUGGACGGGGGGUGGAAGACCGAGGGGCACAAGGCAUGGCUGUCCUCGGUUGUUGAGGCCUCGGUUGAUGAGUGGUCCGAGGGCCUGGGGGAGGAGUGGAUGGCCCGGAAGGGUAAGCAGUAUUAUGAUGGGGGUGAGUUCUUCACUCAAGCCCUCAUCUACCGGAGGAUGGCCCGCCAUCUGAAGAUUGAGCCGAAGGACUUUGACCCGGCGGCGUACGGGCUCCCCCCUGCAGCCAGACAUCCGUGUUCCUCUUCCCCCUGAUGUCGAGAGGCCAGACCUGGAGGAUUCCGAGCUCCGGAGGGAAGCCGAGGGCGACGAUCCUGAGGCCGAUGUAGAAGUCACCUCGAAGCCAUCGGGGGAGGCGGCCCCCGGGAAUGACAUUAUUUGAUAUGUACUCUGUAUUAUGUAAACAUGUAUUUGUAAUGGUGACAUUAUUCAUCCUUCGGCUUCGGCCUGCUUGUAACAUUUAUUCGUAAUCACAUUUGCCAUCUGUUUGUUGAUGAUUGAAUGAUUGCCUUCGGGCUGUGUUUA